AUGAACUUGAUCAGGCUUCAUGAACUUCCAAUAUCAAAGUUUAUUAUUAAGAGGAACACAAAAACUUAUAUAACAGCAGUAAACCAAGAAACUUUAGAUGAAUUUGAAACUUUGAUUAAAAACACUCAAUCUCUUACACCUUUACACAAAAUUCCAAAGCAUAAUUCAUUAAACAAUUUGAUUUGCAAAAUUGCUAAUCGCAAAGAAGCACAGUUAUUGCCAAGAUUGAUUUCACAAUGGCGCAGAUGUUUAUUACCAACCACUUUCCAAACUACAAAAUUAUUAUUUAAUCGUUUAUGUGAUGAGAAAAUUGAAUCAGAAAUUCAUCUGGAUAAAUUGUUUAAAACAUUUGGACUAAUGACAUAUUAUGAUUUGCCACAAUAUGAUCCAUAUUUAUUUUUGAUUAUAUUAUCAGCUUUGAUGAAAUUAAAUACCAUUGAAAGUAUAAAAAGAAUUGAUAUAACAUCUAAAGAAUUUCUUGAAAUAUUUUUGAAUUCAGAGAAAAAAAUUGAUUAUUCUACAAAAAAUGAUAUAUCAGUAUAUUCAUUUACAAUACUGCAGAAUAUAUUGGAAUUAGAAGAAAUUCAUCAACAAAAAAAAGUGUUGCCAACACAAUUACAUGACAUAGGUAAUGUUGAAAAGAAAGCAGAAGUUUUUCUAAAAACAUUAGAAGAAAAUCCAGAAUCAUUAUUUACAUCAAAAACAUCAAAUGAAGUUGAAGCAACAGUUGAUACAACCUUAAAAGAACAAAUUAUAAAAUUAAAUACAAAAUUAUCUUCAAAAUCAGAAAAACAGCAUCAUUAUAUUGAGAUACUUGAAAAAUUUAUCAAAAGUAGGGGAAAAUUUUUUGUAGCAGAAAAAGAAAAUCAGCAGAAUUUCAAUAAGCAAAAACAUAUAAUAUGUUCAAAUACAUUAAAUUUAAUGACAAAUUAUUAUAAUAAAUUAUCUAAAUUAGAAAAAAGGGAUAACAUUGAAAAGUAUAAAAAAAUAUUACAAUUAAAUUAUCAAGAUUUAUAUGAUGGAUUUAAAAAUUUAAAGCUUGUUUGGGAACUUGAAUAUAAUCACAAUCACAUCAGUAGCAAUAGUUCAGAAGUUAAAAGACAUUGUUGGAAAUGUGGUUCAGAAAUUGAUUACAAAUCUUUACAUUGUGAAAGAAAAGAUUGUGGUGUAAUACAAAAAGCAUUGCCUGCCAAUAUUAAUUAUUUUGAAAUGUUGAAUGUUGUUGAUAAAUCAUAA